AUGAACGACUCCCAACCCCCAUGUUUGGAUGACAUCAAUGGGGAGCUGCCAUCCAAGGGAAUGGGAGCGUUUGAGCAAUCUCCACUCAUGCAAGCAUUCAUGCGGGGCACUGCCGCUGCUCAAGGCCAGUCAAUGCUGACAAUGGCAAUGGUCGGGGAGAACCUAGACUCAGACCCAAGACUCCAAACACCUCCUACCAAGCUACAGAAGCGCCAGAAUCAGAAGCGCCAGAAGGCUAAAGAAGCCCCAGUGCAAGGAUGUGAUCAGAAAUCUGAGGUGGCUGAUGCUGGGGGUCCUCAAAAGAAGCGUGGUGCUCAAGACCAUCAACCACAUCCUUUGGGUCAUGAGCGGGCAGACGUUGAGAUCCUUUCAGGUUCCACUUCACAGGAGAUUGCUGCCUGGGGACAACCCACGAGACUGUCAAUUGACCCCGAUCAAGGAGCUGAAGAUCCUAAAGAUGGCAACUUAAUUGGUUUUGUAGCCGAUGAAGAGGGGUCCCAGCACAAGGGAUUGCAUUACGCACUUCAAAAGCUCCAUAUCUUCGGAGUGACGGAGCCGGAGAGCAGCCACCCGAAGUGGAACGCCUUCAGGAAGUCGAUUGAUCAUUCUUCUCUCAGCCUGAGCGUCAUGAAGCUAGUGGUUUGCUGCAAUUUUGACCAUGGAGCGUGGAAAUCUGGAGACAGGCUAAGUUCCAAGGUUGACGCAUUCCACAAUUUCAUCAAGACCAAGGAUGCCAGCUACUUCGAGGCCUACACAUCAGUCUGUCAGACAGUCAGACAUACAAACAUACAUACAAACAAACAAUCUGACGCGAUGUCGGUGACACUGUCAUUGUGCCAGGAUGACGCUGGUGCUGCAGGCGAUGAUGCUCCCCGUGAAUCUGAGAUCAAGACAAAGUCAGAAUUCUACAAGGUGUUUGGUCAAGCCGGUCCAACCAAGAUGGUUCAUCAGUUUAUGCAGGACAGAACGCUUCAACUGCAUGCGAUUGUGUUGACAGAAGUUGCGCUCCCUUUAGAAGCAAACUACUAUGAAGAGUUGAGGCAAACGGCUGAGGGGAUUGAAGCGCAGAAAGCUUUGGCAGCUGGCAGAGCCAACUUUGAUUGGUUGCAGACCAUUUUUGACACCUUGGAGGUGCCCACGCAGAAGGCCUUCAUGAGCAGACUUGGCUUGACUAAGCCUUUGCAGCCGCCACUGGACUAUGCUUUUGCAGAAUCGGAUUUGGAAUGGGCAAAGGCCGAGAUGGACAUAGUCAACCUGGCACAUACAUUUGCUUUCCACUUAGCGUCACACGUGUGUUGGGCAAAUAUGACAUUCUCAGAGGCUCUUCCUCACGCAGCUGCAGUGUAUUUGCACAACUGCCCCGAUGUUCGCAAACACCGGGUUGGCAAACUAUCGCAAAUGAUUGAAUGCUUGCUGUCUGUUGAACAGCAGGUGAUCAUACAAAACAAGUCUGACACGACUUUAGCCGAGUGCUUAAGGGAUGUUGGCUUUCAUCUACAUCAGUUGGCUCGCUACACCUUGGUCCUGGCUUCCCAGAGUGGAUACGACCCAAAUUGCCCUCUCAUGAUGGAGCUGAUGGAAUUGCUGUAUGCUGGGUCAGGAACAACAAAGGAGUUGCUUGAAUCCACCUUUGCAUUCUUGCAUCGAAAAGUUCAGCAACACACGGCAGGAAAACGAAUGGCAGACGAGACAAAGUACGCCUACGCUGCUCUCUCUCCUUAUCCGAAGGCUGGUGGAGUUGGUGUAAUUCGACCAUCUGCUGAAGACUUUGAUUUUGUACUCUCAGAACACGGGGCGGAUAGCCGCAUGUGGGCCAGCAAGCAUUUGUUCCAGCCUCAUACCACCCCAAUGCCUGAUGAUGGAACAAAAAUCAAGCCAUCUGACAUUUUUGAGAGCCGCGAUGAAUGGAAGCCUUCGGGGUCGCUUUCACACCAGACGACAGUUGCAGCACUGCGUUAUUUGAUGGCUGACCGCGUGAACUUGUGGGCCAACUCCGACAAUGCCUGGAUAGGCAGCUUCUUCAAGACUGGAGCAGUGUUCAGAGAGGUUAGCAGCGGCGAAUACUACUUGUCUUUGGGAUUCAGGAAAUGGUGCGCUCUGGGACUUCGAAUGCAUGUGUACAACGUGGGCGAGCAGGCCUGA